CACAUGACUUGAUAAGAAUCAAAGUUUGGGGCCACCACUCUUAUUUUCGCACAAAUUGGUGUGCUGUUUGUCUCCUCUCAUUAUAGGAGCUAUCCUCAACCAAAUAACGUGUAUGAGGUGUCCUUGGAUAGCCCUUGAAGUGUAGUUUCAUAAUUGAGUGGUCUUUGUUCGAGGAGAGGGAGCUUAUCUUACAAAAAUCGAUCUGGAACGACCAGUGGUCUGUGAACUCGAGCUGUGAGAGUGCUGAGACUGUUUGGUUGAUAUCUCUAGUUUUACCAAUCCAAUCAAGGCGUGUGAGAUACCAAAAGAAAGCUCUCAAGACGAGGAAUCCGUGAAGGUCUGGUUUGCCUCAAUCGGAGUAGAGGAAGGCUUCCAAAUCGUCCGAGCAGAACGAGACCUCGCAGGAACGGAUUUACUCUUCUAAGUUGAGGCUAGAGCUUGCUUCCUGUGCUCGUUGCUUGAGUGAUCAUCUAGGAGGGAAGACUUGAAAUGGACCGUGGUGGCAGGAUUACUAGGAGAAACCCGACCGGCCGUGUACCAGAGGAGACUGGACAGGGCAGUCGAAGGACCUCUAGGGCAUCUAGAGGAGCUGGCCGUGGAGGCCGAUCACAGACCGUGAGUGACGGUCAUGUCGACACAGAAAGUGAAACCUACUGGUCCUAUGAGGACUCGACUUACCAACCGGGGACCGAGCCGGUUGAGACCCCUUACGAAGGGGAUGACGAUGAUGUGAGCGAUGAAGAGGGGGAGAAUGACUCCCUAGCAAGAAUAGAGGCGCUGCUCCAACAAUAUCAACGGGAGCGCGAGGAAAGGAGGGAACGCCGAAGGCGCCGGGGAGGGCGAAUUUCGGGUGAGGCUUCAAGAGGAAGAAGCCAUGGCGAUUCUCGGGCCCACAUUGAACCACAUGGGGGCCGGGGUGAUGGAGGUCCAAUCAUAAGGAUCUCAAAAUUUCUCAAAGAGGCUAGGGAUUUGGGGUGCAAACCCUUCAACGGAGCAGGCGACAUCUCGGUCGCCGCGGAAUGGAUCAAGAGGUUGAACGAGGCAGCCCUUGAUAUGCAACUCACCCCCGAAUUUAAACUAAGGGUGGCGGUGAGAUUGCUUGAAGGGAUGGCAUCCACAUGGUGGGAUGGAGCCAAGGGAAAGUAUGGCAAUACCGUGACUUGGGAGAAUUUCCGACAGGAGUUCUUUGCCCAAUAUUAUUCCGAUUUUGAGGUGAACGCUAAAAGGAGAGAGUAUACCCUCCUGACCCAAGGUGGCAAAAUGACGGUGAGGCAACUUGAACACAAAUUCAGGGAGCUCGCAGAGUUCAUACCGGAGUAUGUGUGUGACGAGAACCGGAUGGUAAAUCACUUCUGGGAUGCCUUAGACCUGGAGGUGCGUGAGAGGGCAACUCAGUUGCCUAACAUGACCUUUAGCCAAGUGGUCGAGCAAGGGUUGAAAGGAGAGAAAGAAUGGGAAGAGAGAAAGUUGAAAAACGCCGAAGAGGCGAAGAAGAGAAAGUGGGAGAACCAUGGACCUCAAGGUCCUAACAAAAAGGGGAACCAUGGGGGAGGGGGAUCUUUUCGGACACCCCCACUGCCAUCUAGGGGAAGUCAAGGCCCGGGCGGGCAAUCACAAGCCUCGGGGGUGACUCGUUGCAAGAAUUGCAAGAGAAACCACCUGGGGAAAUGUCGUGACCCUCCUAGAUGCUACCAAUGCGGAAACACCGGGCACUUGAAGAUGAAUUGCCCACAAUUGGGUGGGGCAAGGUCAUCGGGACCAAGUAGUGGUAAUACCGGGACACGGAAUCAAGCCGGGACUUCACAAGCGUCCAGGGGGCAAGGGGGAGCAAGCGCAAGCAAUGCGCCGUCCGUGAAUCAAGGAAGGACUCAAGCUAGGGUCUACGCGAUGACGGAGGCGGAUGCUCAAGCUAACCCGGAUUCCGUUGCAG